AUGUGCUUAAACUUUGAAUUUGGUGCGCCUUACAAUGUUGGAAAGACGUAUAUCUUACGCUUGUUAGCUAAUAUUAAUCUGGGUCAUUCAUUCGUUGAACGUACAAAUGGAUUGAGUGUAUCGUUACCAUUUCUAUCUCAGACACAAGAUACGCCCAUAGCACUUAUUGAUACAGCUGGAACGCGAACACCGGUCGAAUAUCAGGAAAAUACAUUUUCAGAAAAAUCAUACGAACGUCAAGUUAGUGAUUCUUUUAUCCAAGAGAUUGCUCUUAACUCCGCUGAAAUUUUCGUGCAUGUAGUCAAUCAGCUCACAUUAGAUGAUCAACUUUAUCUAAAAACACUUUAUAAAAGAUUAAAGGAUAAAGGUUUUAGUGAAAUCGAUAUCAAACAGAAGCUUUUAAUUGUACAUAAUUAUUUCAAUUUACGUACAAGUGUCGAAGUUGAAGAGACUGAAAAAUUUGAACUUAUACGAUUAUUUGGUGCACGAAAACAACCUCAAGGUUAUUGGAUCAGUGAACAUUUCAAACAUUUUGUUAUUGCAAGUACUGAUAGUGAAGCUGGUCAGAUAUACAACAAUAGAUCCAUUGAACAAAUACGAACUAUGAUUAAAGGAUCAAAUGCUGCUAAAAAUAAUGAUAUAUUAGAUACAAUUAUGAAACAAAUUGAAUUAUUACUAAGCAAAGUUUUAGUUGAAGAAUUACCUUCUACAAGUGAACGCGAUGAUGAAGUAUUCAAUCAUUCAAAUAUAUUUGCUAAAGCCUAUGAAUUUGCAACUUCUUUAUUUGCGUCAAAUCAUGAAAAUCGAUUACAUGCAUCGAAUAAACGUAAUAUUAAAGUUCAACUUGAGCUUAAAGAAUUUCAAAUAAAUCCGCUCGAAACUUUAUGGUUCAUAUGUCCAAAACAAACGUUUGCAAAUAAUAUAAAAUUUACUAAACACUUGAAAUUUGCUGAAGAUGGUUCGAUUCAUAUCGAUUAUUCCUCUCAAUUCGUUCCUGAUGUACAUAUUUUUCGACUGCAAGAAAGUGGAAAUAUUCAAAUACGUAUUGAAUGUCCAUCAUGUGCAAAUUCGUAUAAUGUCACUGCUCGUGGUUCAUCAAUAUUAAUUCAAGGUGAAAAAAUGUUUGAAAAUAUUGCUAUUGAUAAAGACUAUUUAAAUACAAAUCGUAUAGGAAAAUUUGAAAUCGAAAUACCCAUAGGAAAAUGGGAACCUAAUUCAGCUUAUGAUUAUCGAAAAAAUGCUAUUCAACAUAUCUAUGAAAAUGGGGUUAUUGUUAUUACAAUAACAAAUAUUUCCAAUGAACUUUAG